AUGAACAAAUCAAAACAGUUAGACUCAUAUUCAAUACUCAUAAUUUGUAAAUAUUUUAAAACACCUGAAGAUUUUAUUAACAUUAUUUGCGUUUGUAAAAAAUUUAAUGAAACAUUAAAAAAACUUAGGUUUAAUCCAAUUUCUAUAAUAACUAAAAAAUUAUUCCCUUUAAUUCAAACGCAAUAUUUAUAUUUUCCAACAGAUGAAAGAAUCCCAACAAUUGAAUUUUAUUGUUAUGACUGUAAAAUAACUUUCUCUAGAUUCUUCUUUACUUCUAAUAAACAAAAAACUAAAUUUAAAUGUAUUGAAUAUACACUAAAUGAUCGUAUGAAAUUUGGUAAUAAAAUUCCUAAAUUGAUUAAGUCCCUUGGCAAAGGAUUGUUUGCUGAUUCAAAUUUUGAAAAAAUUAUCCCUUAUUCCCCUCCUCCUCAUUGUUCUAUCUGUAAUAAACUACAUAACAUUGUUCCAAAUUCUGGUAUUAAUGAAAAUCCUCAAUUAAAUCAUUCAAAGAGUAAAAAUAUCUUAUUAAAUCUCCAACUUGACUCUCUUGAAGAUAACGUCAAUGAACUAACAGACCAACAAAAAGAAGAAAACAAAAAGUUCUUACAAAUACCAAACUACAUCCAAAGCAUUGGCUCUGAAUGUUUUUUAAAUUGUUCUUCAUUAACAUUUAUUAAACUGUCAAAUACAAUCACAGAAUUAGGAAACGGUGCAUUCAAAAAUUGUGCUAAAGUUAGUCAUCUUAUAUUGUCAACAAAUAUUACUUCUUUACCACCAACGUUAUGUUAUGGGUGUCAUUCUCUCUCUCAAAUAUCUUUUCCCCCUUAUUUAGUUUCAAUAGGUGAUAAUGCUUUUGCUCAAUGCACUAAUUUAGUAUCACUACAAUUACCUCAAACAAUAACAUCAAUUGGUUCUUUUGCUUUUUGUGGUUGUUGUUCUCUUCGUUCAGUUAAUAUUCCAAGUAUUAAUAAAAUAAAUCCAUACACAUUUAGCGAAUGUUUCUCUCUUUAUCAAAUAAGCAUUCCAUCCACAGUAACUGCAAUUGAUACUUGUGCUUUUAAGAAAUGCACCUCAUUAACACAAAUCGGGUUAUGUUCUUCUCUUGUAAAAUUUGGGGACAGUUGUUUUUAUCAGUGUCAUUAUCGUUUGUUUAAGGAUUAUAUUCUUCCUGAACGAUGUUUUAUAAAUUAUAAUUAA